UGCACUGUGGGUAGGCGGCGCGGCAGCGCUGAGGAGCCCACAGCCGAAGGCAGCGGUGGCGGCGGCGGCAGAGGGAGGGUGCGCUCCGAAGAUGGCUGAGAAGCAGAAGCACGACGGGCGGGUGAAAAUUGGACACUACGUGCUGGGAGACACACUGGGAGUCGGCACCUUCGGCAAAGUGAAGAUUGGCGAACAUCAGUUGACAGGCCAUAAAGUGGCAGUUAAAAUCUUAAAUAGACAGAAGAUUCGCAGUUUAGAUGUUGUUGGAAAAAUAAAACGAGAAAUUCAAAAUCUAAAACUCUUUCGUCAUCCUCAUAUUAUCAAACUAUACCAGGUGAUCAGCACUCCAACAGAUUUUUUUAUGGUAAUGGAAUAUGUGUCUGGUGGUGAAUUAUUUGACUACAUCUGUAAACAUGGACGGGUUGAAGAGAUGGAAGCUAGGCGGCUCUUUCAGCAGAUCUUGUCUGGUGUGGAUUACUGUCACAGGCAUAUGGUUGUUCACCGAGACCUGAAACCGGAGAAUGUGCUGUUGGAUGCACACAUGAAUGCCAAGAUAGCUGAUUUUGGAUUAUCUAAUAUGAUGUCAGAUGGUGAAUUUCUGCGAACUAGUUGUGGAUCUCCAAAUUAUGCAGCACCUGAAGUAAUCUCAGGCAGAUUGUAUGCAGGUCCUGAAGUUGAUAUCUGGAGUUGUGGUGUUAUUUUGUAUGCUCUUCUUUGUGGCACCCUCCCAUUUGAUGAUGAACAUGUACCUACGUUAUUUAAGAAGAUCCGAGGGGGUGUUUUUUAUAUCCCAGAAUAUCUCAAUCGUUCUGUCGCCACUCUCCUGAUGCAUAUGCUACAGGUUGACCCCCUGAAACGAGCGACUAUCAAAGACAUAAGAGAGCAUGAAUGGUUUAAACAAGAUUUGCCCAGUUACUUAUUUCCUGAAGACCCCUCGUACGAUGCUAAUGUCAUUGAUGAUGAGGCUGUGAAAGAAGUAUGUGAAAAAUUUGAAUGUACAGAAUCAGAAGUAAUGAACAGUUUAUAUAGUGGUGACCCUCAAGACCAGCUUGCAGUGGCUUAUCAUCUUAUCAUUGACAAUCGAAGAAUAAUGAACCAAGCCAGUGAGUUCUACCUCGCCUCUAGUCCCCCCACUGGUUCUUUCAUGGAUGAUAGUGCCCUGCCUGUUCCUCCAGGCCUGAAACCUCAUCCAGAACGGAUGCCACCUCUCAUAGCAGAUAGCCCCAAAGCAAGGUGUCCGUUGGAUGCACUGAAUACAACCAAGCCCAAAUCUUUAGCUGUAAAGAAAGCCAAAUGGCAUCUUGGAAUCCGAAGUCAAAGCAAACCAUAUGACAUUAUGGCUGAAGUUUACCGAGCUAUGAAGCAGCUGGAUUUUGAAUGGAAGGUAGUGAAUGCAUACCAUCUUCGUGUAAGGAGAAAAAACCCAGUGACUGGCAAUUAUGUGAAAAUGAGCUUACAGCUCUACCUGGUUGACAACAGAAGCUAUCUCUUGGACUUUAAAAGCAUUGAUGAUGAGGUGGUAGAACAGAGGUCUGGUUCCUCAACACCUCAGCGUUCCUGUUCUGCUGCUGGCUUACACAGACCAAGAUCAAGUUUUGAUUCUGUAACUACUGAGAGCCACUCACUCUCUGGCUCCCUCACUGGCUCCUUGACUGGAAGUACAUUGUCUUCGGUUACACCUCGCCUGGGCAGUCACACCAUGGAUUUUUUUGAAAUGUGUGCCAGUCUGAUCACUACUUUAGCCCGUUGAUGAUCUUUCCCUAGUUUAUAUAUUUCUUCUAUUGCACUGUGAAAAAUCACAUAUAUUCUUUAAAUUAUUUUACUUGUGCGUAUCACAUACUCUAAAAUGCUGAUUGACAAGAAUAUUGCCAGGGGACACUCAAUGCCAUUGAAAUUACUGAAAACAGAAAAGUCUGACAUUUUAUUUACUUGUAGAAAUCUGUAAUUCUGUUUUGUCUGUGAUAAAUUCCCAUAGGCAAUAUCUUUAAUAAGUCAACAUUGAUGAUUGUUAAUUAAAACUAUUACAGUCCACUACACAUGAUUAAUACACCUUAACUGGUGAACCAUCUCAAUCAAGGGGUGUUUGGGCAGCUCCUUCUUGCUUUACUCUUUGGUGUAGGUAAAUCCAGUUUACAAAUUCCUAAAAAUUUCAGUGGUCUUUAAGCUAUGCUUAUGCACCCAAUUCUUUUGCACAAGAAUAUUUUUUUAAAAAAACAACCAUUAGUAAAAUACUUUUUAAAUGUUGAAAUCUUAAAAGCCUGCUCCCCCAAAAUUUUAGCAGCCAAGUUCUAGCAAUUUUUGCCUAGUGUUAAACAGAAUGGCUGUGGUCCUGAAACAGGUAACCAUGAUUCCCUGGUUCCUUAAAAAUAACUGUAACCAAGUAGAGGUUUUAUUUUGACAUUUUCAUGAACAUGAAUAAUAUACUAAUUUUAAGAGUCUUCAAGGUCCUACUCAGUAUUGGAAUAUCUGUCAUCGCAACAACUUUUGUCAUAAACUUAUAUCAUUUUAAAACAUGCCUUCAAAAUCUAUUUUUCUCAAAUUCUUUUUGGCUCUAUUUAUUUUUAUACUUUACCUAGCAUUAUAAAAUUGACAGUUACAUGAAACAAAGCAAAAUAUCAACAGUCCCUUAAAAGGGAAUUCUCUGUCUCUUAUUGAGUGUAGUGGCAGUGUGUGUGCGCGCGCGUGUGUGUGCAUGUGCACGUGUAUGAAAUGUUAAUUCUUCAUCUGAAGUUUAA